AUGCCAAACACGAGCCUUCGACGCCCUCAAAAGGGCUUCCGCCGUGGCGGCAAGUCUGCAUACCAUGGCGCCCGGUCUACGCGGACCUUUGCCGCCUCGUCCAGGGCCGAAGGCACCUCGGCCGACGAGAAGUGGGAACGCACGCGGCUGGCUCAUAGCAUCGACGAGAACAUGGGCUUCGCGCGCUACGAAAGCGGCAGGAAAAAGGAGGGCUGGCUCGUCAACGUCCAGCCCACAUCCAUCCAAGACGAAAGGAUACCCGGCGGCCGCGCAGCGCUCGAUUGCUACUUCAUCGAAGGCGACGGGUCGACCUUCAAGGCCACCAUCGAGUACGAGCCCUACUUUCUCAUCGCCGUCAAAAGAGGUCACGAGUCAGAGGUCGAGGAAUGGAUCAAGCGAGUCCCUGGCGAUGGAGUCGUCAAGACGAUCCGCAAGGUCGAGAAGGACGACUUGAAGAUGCCCAACCAUCUCCUCGGCCACCGGCGCACGUUUCUCCAACUCAAGUUUGCCAACGUCGCCGAUCUUAUGGCUGCGCGCAGGGACAUCAUGCCCGUGGCCGACAAGAAUAAGAAAAACAUGGACGCAAUGGAUGCCUACGCUGAGGUUGCCAUGGCGAGCGCCAACUUUGACCUGUUUGAUGAUGACUUACGAGAUGACGACCGAACUGCCAACAACUCCUUUGCUGACGCGAGCGACUUCAUCGUCGAUAUUCGCGAGUACGAUGUACCCUACCACGUGAGAGUCAUGAUAGAUCUCGAUAUACGAGUGGGAAAGUGGUACUUUAUUGAGGCAAAGCACGGCGUCACGCGCGUCUGGCCCAAUGAGUCAAAGUCGCUGCCUGCGGAUCCCGUCGUGCUCGCCUUUGACAUCGAAACCUCCAAGCUCCCGCUCAAGUUCCCCGACGCCGCCAUGGACCAGAUUAUGAUGAUUUCGUACAUGAUUGACGGCCAGGGCUUCCUUAUCACCAACCGCGAAAUCAUCUCCGAAGACAUAGGCGACUUCGACUACACCCCAAAGCCCGAGUACCCCGGCCCCUUCAUGAUAUUCAACGAGCCAAACGAAAAAGCCCUGAUAGAACGCUUCUUCCUCCACGUCAAGGAAGCGCGCCCAACCGUCAUUGCCACGUACAACGGCGACUUUUUCGAUUGGCCCUUUGUCGAGACCAGAGCUAGUGUCAACGGCAUCGACAUGUACCAGGAGAUCGGUUGGAAGAAGGACAACGAUGACCAGUACAGGUGCAGCUACGGCGUCCACAUGGACUGCUUCCACUGGGUCAACCGAGACUCGUACCUCCCGCAGGGAUCUCGUGGCUUAAAGGCCGUGACCGUCGCCAAGCUCGGCUACGAUCCCGACGAGCUGGACCCCGAGUUGAUGACUCCGUACGCCAGCGAGCGUCCUCAGACGUUGGCCGAGUACUCGGUUUCCGAUGCUGUGGCGACCUACUACCUGUACAUGAAAUACGUCCAUCCCUUCAUUUUCUCUCUCUGCACGAUUCUGCCCCUGGGAGGCGACGACACGCUGAGAAAGGGAACGGGAACCCUUUGCGAGAUGCUCCUCAUGGUGCAGGCAUACCAGAAGGAGAUUGUCCUGCCCAACAAGCACCAGGCCCCCAAGGAGGCGUUCUGGGAUGGUCAUCUUCUCGACUCGGAGACGUACGUUGGUGGCCACGUCGAGAGUAUCGAAGCAGGCGUCUUCCGGGCCGACAUUCCCGUCGACUUUGCCGUGGACCCCAAGGCGGUGGACGAGCUGCUCAAGGACCUGGACGCGGCCCUCAAGUUUGUCAUCACAAUCGAGGAGAAAAAGUCCCUCGACGACGUGGACAACUAUGACGAGGUCAAGCAGCAGGUUGCCAACCGGCUGAUGAAGCUCAGGGAGACACCGAACCGCCACGAGCAGCCGCUCAUCUACCAUCUCGACGUCGCCUCCAUGUAUCCCAACAUUAUGACGACCAACCGUCUCCAGCCGGACUCGAUGAUUUCCGAAUCCGACUGUGCUGCCUGCGACUUCAAUCGGCCUGGCAAGACCUGCGACAGGCGAAUGCCGUGGGCAUGGAGAGGAGAAUACAUGCCCGCCAAGCGUGAUGAAUACAACAUGAUUCGCAAUGCGCUUGAAAACGAAAAGUUCCCCGGCAAGACACCACAUGCGCCGAUGCGCACGUUUGAGGACCUGAGCAAAGAUGAGCAGGCCACUCUGGUGCGGAAACGGCUGCAGAUGUACUCGCAAAAGGUCUACCACAAGAUCCACGAUUCCACCACCAUUGUCCGCGAAGCCGUCAUCUGCCAGCGAGAAAACCCCUUUUACAUCAACACGGUCCGAGACUUUCGUGAUCGUCGAUAUGACUACAAAGGCCAGGCCAAAGUCUGGAAGGGCAAGGCGGACGCCUUGAAAUCGUCUGGGGCUUCGGCAGCCGACAUUGAAGCCGCAAAAAAGAUGACCAUUGUGUUUGAUUCCCUUCAACUUGCACACAAGGUCAUUCUGAACUCGUUCUAUGGCUACGUCAUGAGAAAAGGCUCGCGAUGGUAUUCCAUGGAGAUGGCCGGUGUUACCUGCUUGACGGGAGCCACCAUCAUCCAAAUGGCGCGGCAACUCGUGGAGCGUCUGGGCAGACCGCUGGAGCUAGACACCGACGGUAUUUGGUGCAUGCUUCCGGCCACCUUUCCCGAGAACUUUGCCUUCAAGCUCAAAAACGGAAAGAAGCUCAACAUUUCGUAUCCUUGCGUGAUGCUGAACCAUCUCGUCCACGACCGCUUCACCAACCACCAGUACCAGACGCUGGUAGACCCGAAGACGUUCAAGUACGAGACGCACAGCGACAACUCAAUCUUCUUCGAGGUUGAUGGCCCGUACAAGGCCAUGGUUCUCCCCACGUCAAAGGAGGAGGACAAGAACCUAAAGAAGCGAUAUGCCGUCUUCAACGACGACGGCAGCCUGGCCGAGCUGAAGGGAUUCGAAAUCAAGCGUCGUGGCGAGCUCAAGCUUAUCAAGAUCUUUCAGCAGCAAAUCUUCAAGUUCUUUCUCGACGGCCAAGACUUGGCCGAGUGCUAUGCUGCUGUCGCCAAGGUGGCAAACAAGUGGCUGGACGUCUUGCACAGCAAGGGGACUACGUUGGCCGACGAGGAGCUGAUCGAUCUCAUCUCGGAGAACCGAAGCAUGUCCAAGACGCUGGAAGAGUAUGGCGCGCAAAAGUCGACGAGCAUCACGACUGCCAAGCGCUUGGCCGACUUCUUGGGCGAACAGAUGGUCAAGGAUAAGGGGCUGAAUUGCAAGUUCAUCAUCUGCGCCAAACCACGCAACGCGCCCGUGACGGAGCGAGCCGUCCCCGUCGCCAUCUUCUCUGCCGAGGAGACCGUCAAGCGGACGUACCUCAAGAAGUGGCUUAAGGAGGAGCCCGCAGACACUGAUCCUCGAGCGCUCCUCGAUUGGAACUAUUACCUGGAGCGACUGGGCUCCGUCAUCCAGAAGCUCAUCACCAUACCGGCCGCGCUCCAAAAGGUCCGCAACCCGGUCCCUCGCGUGCCUCACCCCGACUGGCUGCAGAAGCGCAUCAACAUCAAGGACGACAAGAUGAAGCAGAAGAAGCUCACCGACCUGUUCAGCAAGGAGCCCCUCGGCGACAUUACGAAUCUCAGCGGAGGACGCAUGGACGACAUGGAGGAUUUUGGAGCCAAGAUGCUGCGGCCGAAACCUAUCAGUGAGGCCGUGGCUUCCGUACAACCCGCACCGACCGCGCAGAAGCGCAAGUCUCCUGAGCCGGCCGAGAAUCCCGACCCCAUGUCUGCGUUGCCCAAAGAAAUGCCCAGCCCGUCGGACCAUUACUCGGCCUUUUUAGCGUAUCAGAAGAAGAAAUGGAAGCUGCAAAAGCAGGCACGCACCCGCAGAAGGCAACUCUUUGGCGAGAGGAGAAACGUUGCGGCCGGCAACAGCAAUAUCCAGCAGACGUUCAGGAAGCAGGCCCAUCUCACCUUUAUGAAUACAUGGCAGCUGCUGCAUCUCAAGGCAACAGACAGCCCGGGUAUUGUGACUGCGCACGUCUUGAUUGAUGGCAAGGUCCACACGAUCAAGAUACAGGUGCCUCGGCAAGUCUUCCUCAACCUGAAGAGUAAGGAUCUUCCGGACGUGGACAUUGAGGGCUGCGAGGUGGAGCAGGUCAACUACACGCUUCCCAACGGUCAUCCUUCGACGCAUCUGUUCAAGCUUACGGUGCCCGAGGACAUUUACUUUAGCGAGGCCGAGAAAUUCUCGCAGCUCUUCAACCACCCCAGCGUCGAGGGCGUGUAUGAGAAGCAGGUACCGCUGAACAUCCGAGCCGUUCUCAAGCUGGGCAACCUCUGCACGAUUGACGAGCAACAGCAUGGUAUCCUCGGCAAGGGACUGGAGACGGGCUUCGAGCUUGUCGGUUUGAAGCGCCCAGCACAGCCCCGGACAUACCUGGAGUCGUCGCCCCUUGCAUACAUUUACAUUUCGCACAUCACCGCUGGCGAGAGGCAGAUCUUUGGCAUCUUCUCCACCACUGGUGACCAGGCACAUGUCGUCAUCUUGCAGAGGAGCCGGGACUCGGGCCAGGAUCUGCCCAAUAUCCCAAAGAUGUACUCGGAGAUGCUGGCGCGACGGGCCGAAGAAGCGGCAGGCACAAACUGGCAGGACUGCUUCACCUACCAGGAGAAGAUUCAGUUCAAGAUUACACAGGUAACGACGCGACGAAAGGCCCAUCUCGAAAUUGGUGACAUCGUCAAGAAGAUGCGCAAGGACGAGGCGAGGCCGCAGAUGAUGGUCGUUCAGUCGUCGCAGCGAAAUCUCCUUGUCCACGAGGUCCCCGUUCUCGGCGAGUUCCCGGUCCUGCCUCUCAAAUACGAUGCAACAGACAGCUCCUUGCCCCCCCUAGGGUGGCAAUCAGUGGUGGCGCGCCGUCUUGUCGGACACUAUCUCGGGCUCGGAUCGUGGAUCUUGCAUCUGACGGCCCUGGCGCGCUAUGGCGACGUCCCGCUCUGCAACCUGGAGCGCGAAGACCCUCGUUUCCUGAUCGACGUGGCCUACGCGCGACGACUGCAGGCCAACGGAGUCGUGCUCUGGUGGUCUGCCGGGCCGCGCCCCGACCACGCCGGCUAUGAGAGAGACGACGUGCUGGGCCCCCUGGAUACGGUCAAGAUGCCCAACGUCAACAACCCCGGCACUUUUUCGUCGGUGUGCAUCGACCUGGACGUCAGGAAUCUGGCCAUCAACACCAUCCUGACGUCUUCGCUGAUCAACGAGCUCGAAGGCGCCGACUCGGUCUCCUUCAACCCCGCCGCCGACGGGUCAGAGGUGCUGGCGUCGGAGAGCGCCUUCGCCAACGCCGGAGUGCUGGUGCUGCGGGAGAUGGUCAAGGCCUGGUGGGCAGAGGCAUGCAAGGGCAGCACCAUGGCCGACGUGCUGGUGCAGCACCUGGUCCGCUGGGUGGAGAACCCAGACUCGUUCAUGUACGACCGCGCGCUGCACUACUACGUGCAGAUGAUGUCCCGCAAGGCCUUUCAGCAGCUCAUGGGCGACUUCCGGCGCGUGGGCUCGCAGGUCGUCUUCGCCAACGCGAACCGCCUGAUCCUGCAGACCACAAAGGCCGAGGUGGGCAACGCCUUUGCCUACAGCCAGUACAUCAUCAAGUCGAUCAAGAGCAAGCCGCUGUUCCACUUCAUCGACCUGGAGAUCAAGGAGUACUGGGACUACCUGGCGUGGUACGACGAGUUCAACUACGGAGGCAAGGCGUGCCAGGAGGUGAUUGAGGCGGACGAACAGAGGCUCGAGACCAUUAUGCACUGGCAGAUGGCCACGUUCCUGCCAGUUCGGCUGCAGCCCGUCUUCCAGGAGUGGGUGAUUGAGUUUAUCCAGCUCAUGCACAGCCUGAAGCGACCGGCCAAUGGGGACCCGGGGGCGACGCCGCGGCUCACGCAGCUGCCAAACCGCGACAGCGACCAGACGGACGGGCAGCCGACGGCCAUCCUGGGCAAGAGCUUUGAGAAACCGCUCAAAAAGGCCAUUUCGGGCCUCGUCCAGCAGCAGAAGCGCGAGCUCCUGCACCCGGAGCUGGCCGAGGACUACUCGUUCCCCAGCCUGCCGGGCUCACACCUGCAGCCGCGCAGCCCGGUGCUGGAGCUGGUCAAGUCGCUGAUGCAGGUGCUGUCGCUCGACAAGAACAUUACGCUCGAGGCGCGGCUCCUGCGCAAGGAGCUGCUGGCCCUGUUUGACGUGCGCGAAUUCUCCAAGGAGGGCACCUUUGCCAACCCGUCGGAGAGCCUGCGGCUGGCGCAGGUGUCGUGCGACAGCUGCACCAUGGCGCGCGACCUGGACCUCUGCCGCGACGAGGACCUCCAGCAAGGCGACGGGGCGGUGGGCUGGCGGUGCACGUUCUGCGGCAGCGGCUACGACCGCGUGGCCGUCGAGGAGCGGCUCGUGGCUACGGUGCAGGCGUGGGCGGUGGAGUGGGCGACGCAGGACCUCAACGGCGAGUGGAAGGAGCUCGUCUCGCGCGCCGACGUGGCGGGCAGGAUGGCUGUGAUGCGGCGCGUGGCCAAGUUUUACGGCCUGCGCAUGCUUGCCGACGUUGUCGAUGUGCUGUAA